ACAACACCCUACAUGUGUGGUUAAGCUUCCUUGGCAGUGGCCUAAGAAAACCGUUAUGUUCCAACCAACCAACCAACCAAAGGGAAUCUAAAAAGUUCCGUACAAAGAAGAACAAGACUCAAGAUUUCAAUGGCGGCAACUGCUACAAUCUCUCAUUCUUCCUUGAUCACUCUCUACUCUAACAGCCAACUUAACACAUCUUCAGUCUUGAAGAACACAUUCUUGUCAUCUACAUCACUAGUCUAUUCUUCUUCAAGUACAAUAAGCAUUAAUAGUUGUAACACAAAACUUUGUGGUGCUGUUACUUUGAAAAGCAGAAAUGGAAGAGGUGGGAUUAGAGGUGGGCGGUUGGUUUGCUUGGUUGCUUCAUCUUCAUCUGCACCUUCAGUUAAUCUUCCCAAAGCACUGAUGUUUGAUUGUGAUGGGGUGCUUGUUGACACUGAGAAAGAUGGCCACAGGAUUUCUUUCAAUGACACCUUUGCUGAAAAAGAAUUAGGUGUAACCUGGGAUGUGGACUUGUACGGUGAAUUGCUCAAAAUUGGGGGUGGAAAAGAAAGGAUGACUGCCUAUUUUAACAAAGUGGGUUGGCCAGAAAAGGCACCAAAGAGUGAAGAAGAAAGAAAAGAAUUCAUAGCCUCACUUCAUAAGCGAAAAACAGAGUUGUUCAUGGCACUUAUUGAGAAAAAAAUGCUACCUCUUCGGCCUGGUGUAGCGAAGUUGAUUGAUCAGGCUUUGGACAAUGGAGUCAAAGUUGCUGUCUGCAGCACAUCUAAUGAGAAGGCGGUCACUGCUAUAGUUUCAUUCUUGUUAGGACCCAAGCGAGCAGAGCAAAUCCAGAUAUAUGCCGGAGAUGUUGUUCCGCGCAAGAAACCUGAUCCAGCCAUUUAUCUGUUAGCUUCCAGCACUCUGGGUGUUGACCCUUCAAGUUGCGUUGUGAUAGAAGACAGUGCCAUAGGUCUUGCUGCUGCAAAAGCUGCUGGGAUGAAGUGUAUUGUAACAAAGAGCGGGUACACAGCUGAGGAGGAUUUCUUAAAUGCUGAUGCAGUUUUUGAUUGCAUUGGAGAUCCUCCAGAAGAAAGAUUUGACUUAUCAUUUUGUGGAAGCCUUCUGGAGAAACAAUAUGUUAGUUAGAAUCAUUUUGUUAAAUGAGAUCAACUUCAGCAUACCACCAUUGUAUGUUAUAUAACUUCCCUGGACAAAUCCAGCUGGAAUCCAGAAAUUCAACUGUCUUCCUUGAAAUUUUCGAAAACUUUCACAAUUAAGAACUA